AUGGAACUGCAAAGCCAGGCUGCUCAGGACUGCUCCUGCCCCUGCACCCUGCAGCUGCACGGCCAGUGCUAUGAGAACAGCGGAGAUGCUGAGCUGCGGGUCACAGCCAUGCUGGAGCUGGGAUCCCCCCUGGAGAUGAUUCAGCUCCUGCAGACCCCCUGGGAGGAAAGAUUUAAAAUUUGCCUCAGUCUUGUGAAACUGCUCUUUUACUUGGCACAUUCCCCCCUGGGUUCAAUAGUCCUCUUGGAUUUCCAGCCGAGGCAGUUUGUUAUGGUGGAUGGAAACCUAAAAGUGACAGACAUGGAUGAUGCCAGCACUGAGGAGCUGUCAUGCAAGGAAGAUAUUGACUGCACACUUGACUUCCCUACCAAAAGCUUCCCUCUCAAAUGCUCUGCAGUUGGGAAAUGCGAAGGAAUAAAUGAAAAGAAGAAUCUUUUCAAUGCAUAUCGGUAUUUUUUCACCUAUCUUUUACCACAUUCUGCACCACCAGCUUUGCGGCCCCUUUUGAGCGAUAUUCUGAAUGCAACAGGUGAUUUACGAUACGGGAUAAAUGAAACCAUGAGAGCUUUUGAAAAGGUUUUACAUCUGUACAAGUCUGGGCUCUAUCUGCAGAAAAGACCUCUUCUUUUAAAAGACUACAUCUCCCUAAAGGGUUUCCGAACAGUGGAAGGAGAAGACUACAAGUGCUGGCCCUCCUACAGCCACCUGGGAUGUCUGCUGUCCAUUCACAGCGCCGAGGAAGCUGCUGCAAUUUGUAACUCCCAGUCACAGUGUCAGAGUUUUAUCAUCACCCAGCAGAGGACGUGGACAGGACGCCCACUCGCCUCAUUUCAGAGUAGCUGGACUGAUUUAAUACCAGAUACUAAUGCUGUAGUCUAUAUUAAACGUUCAGCUUCCUCAGGGGAAAGACUUUAAAGACAAUGAGAUCACAUAAAAUGAUCCUGGGAGGAACAAACCGCUGGGGAGAAUUUCAUCUGCUGGAAAGAAUGACAUAUUUUAUUUUGCUUUGGGAUGGGAUCUCCCUGCCAGUUCAGAUAGAGUCAAAUGCUGCUGUCUCCUUGAUCAAAGCUCAGAUUUCUCAUUGCUGCUCCGCUAGCUUAUUUUCUGUUCCCACACUGCUGUUCCACAUAAAUGGUCCCAGUUUUAGUCAAAUGCCGCUAGACUGUGCAAUACUUAGCUUUGCUGCUUUGGCCAGCUUGUCAGUCAAGAAAUAGAAAUAGCUGCAAGGGAUCCAGCUUGGGUAGGCUUUGUUAUUUCAGUCACCUCCAAAAACCUAUGGAUAAUGCACUUUCCAGAAGGUAAUGGCUCUUUCUGCAGCUACCAAUUGGGAUUUCAUACCACUGCAAAUGUAAAGGAUGGGAUUUCAGUGAGGGGGCCAAGGGUGCAGGGUGGGGAUCCUUACCUGGAGGUUGAUGAUGGGGGUGGUCUUCCAACGAGGGUCCUGUUUCAGUUCCUUCCAGUGUAGGGGAGGGAAGUGGUGUAUAGGUCAACUCUGGAUCCAGGAUUUGGGUUUGAUCCUAUGUGAUUUUUAAUACCAGCUCCCAUGUAUCAACCUUGAAGGUUUUUCUCUGUUACUUUCCAUGAAAGAGCAAGACAUUCAAAUUAUUUAUGUGUAAGGUGUGACUUUGUAUGAUAAAGAAUGACUUUAUUCUAA